CAGAAACGCGAAGAGUCCAGCUGGUUAGAGCACCUGGUCGACUGGAGCACGCUGACCUCCCACGGGAUGGGAUCGGUCCACACGGACAAGGCUCUCAAGAAAUUCGCCAAGUGGGUGAGCGGCCGGCGGAACUUGCCCGAGUUUGACCACGCCAUGGUCUUCACUGCGUGAGCAAUCGUUACAGCUUUUCUUGUCUUUUUUAUGGUUUAUAAGUUGCAUUAGAUAUUUUUAUGUAUAUGUUAUAUUGCAUCUGUUAUAUUUGUAUGUCCUAUAGUGUUAUAUUUUAUAUUUCAUGCUAUAAAUUACCCCCCAAAAAUGUCGGCGGCGAUGCGUGCCCCCCCCCCCCCCCCCAAUCAACUGCAGUUACUUGACAAUACAUGCAUUCAAGGAGCGCACUUGAUAAGAAUCCCAAUUAGCGCUAACUUCUGGGACAUAGGAUUUUUUCCCGCAUGAUGAACACAGAGUUACAGCCAUGCGUACAUACAUACGUAGAGAAUUAAUAUUUGUGGCGUCACAUUGGAUAUGUUUGUAAUGUUACAAUGUUAUGUUAUUUUUAUAGUGUUACACGUUGUUACAAACACUUUAUGUCAAUGCUCAAGGAGCCCAUUUUAUCCACGAAAAAUACUACCGUACAUCCUGUAAAAAAAAAGGGUUUGCAAUAAAUGAAAAAAAAAAAAAAAAAAAAAAAGAAGGUAUAACUGGCUCCAUAACUUACCUUUUAUAACUAACCUUUCUUGUGAAACGUCAUAACACAUUUAGUUGACGAAAAAGUAGUCAGCAUGAAAAGUAUAAUUUAAAAAUUUACCCGUUUAUGUUUCAGGUACCGUCUGACCAUCAAACAGGGUAUUGGUCUCGGAGGUAAGUAAUAGAACGGAACAACUGCAUAAGAUCUUUUUUUUUUAUUUUGAACUACUUGAGAGGAAAAACAAUGCUGACACAGGUUUUAAUUAAAUGUUUUUACAACGGUAUUUUUUAAUUUACAGCCAACACUUAUAAACCGAAUUUGAACUCACAUUUUCAAACAGAAAACACUGGUUCGAUAAGGAAUCAAGUCCAAUAUUAUUGUAUUACUAGCUAUAUCCCGCCAAACGAUGGGGGCCACAUAAUAGCGGCCUCAAUGCGUGAACUUCCCAUCAAAGUGUCUUGACAAAACAUGAAUUCCAGUGACACCCUUUAUAAAAUUCCCAAUAAGUGUUGCCCCCACUCCCCCCAAAGUACGUCACCGCCCCUGAAUUAUAUUACUAUUCUAAUGACCCCCCCCCCCAUUUUUACGCCACACAUGUAUUACACCAACUAUUUCACAAAAACAAAAGAAAAUAAUCCGCUCCAAGCGCACUUGCGGUAUUUUAAGAAUCUCAUUUAGCGCAGUUAGUGGAAAUUGUUUAUAGUGAAAUCAGCGCCCACCUGGCCGCGUUAGGGACAUCGUUACAUAGAGAAUUGUAAGAUAAGAUUGAUUUUGGUCUUGGUAGCCAGCGGUUGCAUCUCUCAACAUUGGAAGAAUGCUGACAACAAAAAGCGCAAUUUCAAGAAAUGUGGCAUUGACAAAAGGAAAAGGGGAAAAAAAAAAUUUUUGGAGUAGAGUUGGGCAAUGUUGUGACAUGCACAGUUUUUAUUUUUACACAUUAUUACACCGAUUUUUCCCCAUUCUGUGAUAGUUAUACGUUUAUACUAUUGAAAAAAAUCCUGAAGAGGUGGGGGGUGAGAGUGGGAAGGAACAUGGGGCGCUACGUGCCCCAUGACCAGGGAAGCUGCCAGGCAUCAUGACAAUAUCAAAGCUGAUAUCGUAUCGGGAGAGAUCCGACAAGUGAGCCUCAAUUCUGACUUGUUUUUGUUUUUUAAUGGUUUUGAUUUAUAAAAAUCAAACUGACCACGCAGCCUUCCUCUUUGACCCCCUGACAGGUAUGGCCUAUCUGAACGCUAUCUGUGAUACCUCCUCGGGG